GAGUGAUUAUCAUUGUAAAAUAGGGUAUUUACUCUUUUACUGUAAUUUGAGGAAUGUUUAUUUGGGGAAAAUUUAAUGUGGAAAUGUGGUCAUAGGCGAGGGUGUUGGUGUAGUGUUGUAGUGUGAAGAAGAGGAAGAAUGAGUCAACCGACACAGCAGCGCCUCUAUGAUUUUGCCAAAAUGGCUCUCAUCAACAUCUUCGUUCACCCCUACGCCACGGUGUGCGACUUGUACUGUGGAGAUGCCGACGCUGAUAAAUGGGCCCACGCACAAAUUGGCCACUACAUUGGAAUUGAUGCGCCUUCGUCUGGGAUAGACCAAAUGCGAGAAACUUGGGAGACUCACAGGAAAUCCUACACUGCCGAGUUCUUUGAGCUUGACCCUUGCACGGAGAAUAUAGAAACGCAUUUGGAGGAGAAGACCAACAUGACUGAUGUUGUCUGCUGUUUGCAGCAUUUGCAGUUGUGUUUUGAGACUGAAGAGAAAGCACGGAAACUGCUGCAUAAUGUGUCUUCUCUGCUGAAACCUGGGGGUUAUUUUCUUGGUAUUACUCCUGACUCAUCUACCAUAUGGGCCAAGUACCAGAGGAAUGUUGAAGCCUAUCACAACAAAAGCAGCAGCAUGAAGCCAAACAUUGUUCCCAACUGCAUCCGGACAGAGAAUUACAUGAUUACUUUUGAAGUUGAAGAAGAAAAGUUUCCUUUAUUUGGAAAGAAAUACCAGCUAAAAUUUGCUAAUGAUGUCUCUGCUGAAACCUAUUGCUUGGUUCAUUUUCCAAGUUUCAUCAGGUUGGCCAGGGAAGCUGGCCUUGAGUACGUGGAGAUUCAAAAUUUGACCGAGUUUUAUGAUGACAACAGAGCACAAUUAGCAGGCCUGUUAACACACUAUGUUCCAAACCUCUUGGAUCCUAGGGGGAGACUUCUUCCUCGUUCAUAUGAUGCACUAGGUCUCUACACCACGUUUAUAUUUCAAAAACCUGACCCGGAAAUUGCACCCCCGAUUCCUACUCCGUUAUUGCCAGAUGUUAGUUAUAAUCUUGAUGAGCAGGUAACCAUUUGGCGAGAUGAUGAAGUGAUAAAUGGGCAUGUAGUAGAACCUGCUAUUGGGCUGGGCAAAAUAAGCGAACAAAAAGGGAUAUUGGGCCCAGGUCCUGCAGAUUUACGUUUUCCGGAAGCACUUUGAAAGUUCUACUGAAGCUAUAUGUUUAGCCGUUUAGGUAAUGAUGCAUUGCAAUUAGUAUUUUAUUGGCAAAUGACAAGCAAAAAAACAGAAUGCAGUUAGGUGUGUUUACAUCUUUUUUAAACGGUAAAGGUUAGGGUAGGUGUUUUUCUUUUGACAUGUAGUCAAUGUGAACGGAUUAGUUAACUUUACCAUAUGUUUUUACACAUUGUACUUGUUAGCUUUUCUUCGAGUCUUCUGUUCAAAGGAGUCUCAAAAACAGUAUAAUUAAAUUUAAAAUGUAAUGAUCAACAAGUUUUAAACAAUUUCACCUUCUUCGAAAUUGGGAUGACAAGUUGACAAUGAGUCAA